AUGUUAGAGAAUCAGAUCACUCAAGUGGCCCAACAAUCUAGCUCUUCUUCCAGACCUUCUGGGAUGUUUCCUGGGCAACCUGAAACUAACCCAAAGGGAUCUAUCAAUGCCAUCACACUUAGGAGUGGAAAAGAGUUAGUGGGACCAAUGAUGAGGAAUGACCAUAAGGAUGUGGUUGAUGAGAGUGAGAAGUUAGUGUCAAGUGAGAAAGAGCACAGUAGUGAGCAAGUUGAGAGAUAUGUUGCCCCUUUACCUUAUAAGCCUCCACUACCCUUCCCUCAAAGGCAAGUUAAAGCUAAGUUGGAAAAACAAUUUGGGAAAUUCAUAGAAAUAUUAAAAAAAUUGCAUAUUAACAUCCCAUUUGUUGAAGUCAUUUCCCAAAUGCCAUCCUAUGCCAAAUUCUUAAAGGAGAUUCUAUCAAAUAAGAGGCGAUUAGAGGAAUAUGAGACUGUAGCCUUGACCCAAGAGUGUAGUGACAUCAUACAAAAUAAGCUACCACCUAAGCUUAAAGAUCCUGGUUCAUUUUCAAUCCCUUGCACAAUUGGUGACAUGUCAAUUAAUCGUUCUCUAUGUGAUCUCAGUGCUAGUGUCAGUCUUAUGCCAUUGUCUAUAUGUAACAAGUUGCAGAUGGGAUACUUGAAGCCCACUACUAUCUCCCUCUAA